AUGCCUAGCAAGGACAAUACCAGCUCUGGCUCGUCCGGCAGUUCGUACCACCCAUACCAGAUCACUAAUACCGGCACCAAUACUCAAGGCAACAGCUGGGACACACGCACUCAGCCUGGAGGAUCUGCCUACCACUACUCCAAUACCGAUGGCUCCUACUACUAUUCUAACGCCAACGGCAGCACCUACCACAACAAUGGCAGCGGAGGCUCGACCUACAAAAGCCCCAGUGGCAAUGUCUACAAGAAGUGA